CGGGGACAUUUCCGGGGACAACUUUUGCCGGGGACAGGUCAUCCAAAACGGGGACUGACCCCGGGAUCGUAAACGUGACGGUCACGUCAUUUUUGGCGUCAAAAUGAUGGCACAAGUCCUGACAUAACCCGUAGUGUCCCAAUCCUCCAGUUUUGGACGCUUGUAACCUGCGCACUCGAACCCUUGUGUGCAGUUGCAGCGGUGCUCAUUUCAUGAAAGUGCGUUGGAUUUAGUGUGAGUAUCGAGCCAGAGCAAGAGUCGCCUUAUUUAUUUUCAACACGAUUGCUCUCCAAGGGGUGGCAGUAUUGUGCACAGCGUUACAAAACCCCGGCGAAGAAGAAAACGUUGGCUAACUCACUCUUCAGCGAGAGCGCAGUAAACAUGAGUCUGUGGAAGUCUGUGUUGAUCACUGGUUGCAGCAGAGGAAUCGGGCUGCAGCUGGUUAAGGAGCUGGCUAACAGCAACGGUAGGCCAGCUACCAUCAUAGCAACAGCCCGCAACCCGGCGGCUUCCACGGCUCUGCAGAACCUUUCAAAAACAUAUGCAGGUCUUCACAUUAUUACAUUAGAUGUAAGCAGUGAGAAGAGCAUCAGUUCAGCCUCUGAAGAGGUCCUGUCUAUCGUGGGGAGUGCAGGACUCAACUGCUUGAUUAAUAAUGCUGCCAUUGGAUUCCCUACUAAUAUCAGCAAUGUAACCCCAGAAGCCAUGAUGGCAAACUUCCAGGUCAACACUGUUGCACCACUCUUUGUAACAAAGGCCUUCAUGCCUCUUCUGCAGACUGCUGCUACCAGGUCAAGUGGGAUGGGGCUCCAUAGAGCGGCAGUCAUCAACAUGUCGUCUGUCCUUGGUUCCAUUACACUGAACUUUGGUGAUGGCGCCAACUUCAGGAGCUAUGCCUAUCGAACCUCCAAGGCAGCACUAAACAUGGUGACAAGGUGUUUAGCUGCUGAUUUGGAGUCCAGUGGAAUCCUCUGUAUGUCUCUGCACCCUGGCUGGGUGAGGACUGACAUGGGAGGUCCAUAUGCCGACUUAACAGUAGAGGAAAGUGUUUCCGGAAUCCUAUCUGUUCUCUUCAGCCUUAACGAGCAGAACCAUGGAGGAUUCCUUGACUACCGCGGAGAGAACCUACCGUGGUAAAAUAAACCACCAGGCUUUAUAUUUUUGAGAUGCCACACAGUGUUUAAAAGCUGGGUGAAAGUUCACAAUGGAGUGUCUUAACAUCUGCUAGAAAUGAAACGGAAAAUAUUCUAAAACUGUGUGAAAUGAAUGAGUAAAAUAUGCUUCUAAACACA